AUGGGUACACGUUUUCAUGGAAGCGAAAGUGUAAGAGCCGAUGGGUUUGUACAGCAUCAAGGAACUGCUGGUCUUACAUUAUCUUAUCUGAGUCGGGAGAGCUUCUGCAAGCGGUGGAAAAGCACAAUCAUAAGCAGCCGAGGGUUCCUCUUCAUCGAUAGAGGCAACGGUAGAAAAACUUUGAUGUAUAACAACUACUCUUAUUACCGUAAAUACGCCUCCCUCAACAGCGAGAGAUGGUGCUGCACACUGUCUGGGUCCUGCAGAGCCUACAUCAAGUUCUUUAAGAACAGAAAUGAAACUUAUUUUAUAACUCUGAAAACGGGGAAAAGACAAAUGUACUACGAUGGUAACACCUACUUCGAUUCGAAGAAAGGCAAUGCCGCGAGGAGGUGGCUCUGCACCCACUACCCAAAAUGUAAAGCAUUCAUCCGCUUGGAUGAUGAUUUGGUCGUGUUACGGAAGUCAGACGCCCAUCCACACAACCAUGCAAAACCAAGACUCUGCUUCUUACCCAUAUGGGUUAGCAUUUAUCUAUCUUUUGCUAUGCAAGCAGCGUGGGUCAAGCCGCAGCCCCCGGGGGGUUAUUCUUGGUCUAGUCACAAACAUUCUAACAUCGUUAUCGUUUUAAAAGGCACCAAACCAGUAGAGCUAAUAGUCACCACCAAGGGCAAGCGAUAUUUGAAAUUCCGAGACCACUACUACGUCUCCCAUACGGGGGCAGUCGGAAGGUGGAGGUGCAUAGCCACCAAUCGUUGUUACGCCUCCCUCUACGUUGAUGAGCAUAUGCGACCACUUAAAAUAACCAGAGAGCAUGUUCACGAACCGGCUGUGUUCGUGAAAACUCGUGCUGGGUACACUCGUCUCAAUCGACCUCGAAACGCCUAUUUUGCCUAUCGUAAAGCUGGAAUGCCAGAACUAUGUGAUGAUAAACCACCAGCCAAUGUUCACUUUGCCCAGCCAAUGUAUGUACAACAGAAAGCGAAUCGAUUCGGAAAUGUUAGCAGCAGUUAA